CAAGGAUGAAACUUCCUAUGACGCAUUUCUCAGAACAUAUCCUGUUGUUAAGUGACACAUGACUAUAUGCUAAUCAAUAGCCUGCUUCUCUGGGCUUUCCACACCUGAACUCCCAAUGAGAAAAAGGGAAAGAAGAAAAAAUUAUAGCAGCUCUCCUCAUCCCUCAUCUUUGCUGGUGUCUCACUGUCAAUGAGGCCCCUUCACACCCAUCAUAUGAGAGAGUCAUUGCUGUCAAUUCUGUAUUACAGAUGUUCCAAGGGAGGGUUGCAAAUGCCAAGUGAGCUGUCAAUGGUCUACUGCUUAUUGGUAGCUGAGCUGACAAUCGAACUAGCCAACUUCACUGGGAAGAACAGGUGCUGAUACAGAAGGAGGGGAAGCAGACCUCUGAAGCAUUGAGUGCAAAGGAACAGGAUGCUCACAUUUGCGACACCCAGCAACUCUUAUCCUCUCCAGAAUGUUCUCCAGGGAGAACAAGACUUGACUGAUUCCUCAGAAGAGUGCUGCACCCAUUUUACAAGCGGAUAAGCCAAGUCCUUAGAAGGCCUGGGACUGGUCCAAGGAUGGGUGGCAGGUGAUCUGAAGCCUCUAGGCCCCCAGCCUGAGGUGGCCGGUUCCCUCAAUGGAGCCACUCCAGCUCUGGCAAGGGCAGGUGUGGUGGCGCUGGUGCCUGCUGUGGGAGUACAGUGGGCCUUUGUGCCAGGCGGGCACCACCCCCUGGCUGGCCCCUCCCCAUUCACAGGACAACUCUUACCUGCCCAGCCACCGCCCCAGCCAACAGCUCAGCCGGCUGCUCCUUCCUGGGCUCCACGCCCAGAGCUGCUUCCCGACGGUGCAGCCUGCAAGGCAUCGCAGGGGCCCCGCGCUACUGCCCUGCUCCCUCAACGUCCCAGGUCCCCUCCCCCAGUGCUGAUCAUUAACCAGGAGGCCGUAUAAGGAGCUAGCGGCCCUGGUGAGAGGGAGGGACACAACGCUGCCACCAUGGACAGUAGCACCUGGAGCCCCACGACCACUGCGGUCACCCGGCCUGUUGAGUCCCACGAGCUCAUUCGCAAUGCAGCCGACAUCUCUGUCAUCGUUAUCUACUUCGUGGUGGUGAUGGCCGUCGGACUGUGGGCUAUGUUUUCCACCAAUCGUGGAACUGUUGGAGGCUUCUUCCUGGCAGGCCGAAGUAUGGUGUGGUGGCCGAUUGGAGCCUCCCUCUUCGCUAGUAACAUUGGAAGUGGCCACUUUGUGGGGCUGGCCGGGACCGGAGCAGCUUCAGGCAUCGCCACUGGAGGCUUUGAAUGGAAUGCCCUGGUUUUGGUGGUUGUGCUGGGCUGGCUGUUUGUCCCCAUCUAUAUUAAGGCUGGGGUGGUGACGAUGCCAGAGUACCUGCGAAAGCGGUUUGGAGGCCAGCGGAUCCAGAUCUACCUUUCCAUUCUGUCCCUGCUGCUCUACAUUUUCACCAAGAUCUCGGCAGACAUCUUCUCGGGGGCCAUAUUCAUCAAUCUGGCCUUAGGCCUGAAUCUGUAUUUGGCCAUCUUUCUCUUAUUGGCAAUUACUGCCCUUUACACAAUUACAGGGGGCCUGGCGGCAGUGAUUUACACGGACACCUUACAGACGGUGAUCAUGCUGGUGGGGUCUUUAAUCCUGACUGGAUUUGCUUUUCACGAAGUGGGAGGCUAUGACACCUUCAUGGAAAAGUACAUGAAAGCCAUUCCAGCCGUGGUUUCUGAUGGCAACACCACCUUUCAGGAAAAGUGCUACACUCCGAGGGCCGACUCAUUCCACCUCUUCCGAGAUGCCCUCACGGGAGACCUCCCGUGGCCUGGGCUCAUCUUUGGGAUGUCCAUCCUUGCCCUGUGGUACUGGUGCACAGAUCAGGUCAUUGUGCAGCGCUGCCUCUCAGCCAAGAAUAUGUCUCACGUGAAGGCCGGCUGCACCCUGUGUGGGUACCUAAAGCUGCUGCCCAUGUUCAUUAUGGUGAUGCCAGGAAUGAUCAGCCGCAUUCUGUACACAGACAAAAUUGCCUGUGUCGUCCCCUCAGAAUGUGAGAAAUAUUGCGGUACCAAGGUUGGCUGUACCAACAUCGCCUAUCCAACCUUAGUGGUGGAGCUCAUGCCCAAUGGACUGCGAGGCCUGAUGCUGUCAGUCAUGCUGGCCUCCCUCAUGAGCUCCCUGACCUCCAUCUUCAACAGCGCCAGCACCCUCUUCACCAUGGACAUCUACACCAAGGUCCGCAAGAGAGCAUCUGAGAAAGAGCUCAUGAUUGCCGGAAGGGAGCCUUCUGGGGACUGAUCCUAGGAUUUCUGGUUGGGAUUUCACGUAUGAUUACUGAGUUUGCUUAUGGAACCGGGAGCUGCAUAGAGCCCAGCAACUGUCCCACGAUUAUCUGUGGGGUGCACUACUUGUACUUUGCCAUUAUCCUCUUCGCCAUUUCUGUCAUCACCAUCGUGGUCAUCUCCCUCCUCACCAAACCCAUUCCGGACGUGCAUCUCUACCGUCUGUGUUGGAGCCUGCGCAACAGCAAAGAGGAGCGUAUUGACCUGGAUGCAGAAGAGAACAUCCAAGAAGUCCCUAAGGAGACCAUUGAAAUAGGUGAUUUAUGACCCAGAGCAGAUCCUAAACCAUAAAAGUUACUCCUACAGCAACAAGACAACUUUACUGAAGCCCUUCCCUAAAUGACUUUAACAGAGCUCAGAUGUCCCCCCUCCAGGGCAGUGAGGAGCAGGGUGAGGAUGAGAUGGAUAAGUGGGUUUGAGGAAGUUAACUCUGAGUUCAAGGGGAGGAAAGGGUACAGAAUCAUUCAAGCUCCCUGACCCCUCAUAUUUAAAAAAAAUUUUGUGGGUACGUAGUAGGUGUAUAUAUUUAUGAGGUACAUGGGGUAUUUUGAUGCAGGCAUGACAAGCACAUAAUGGAGAAUGGGGUAUUCACGCCCUCAAGAAUUUAUCCUUUGAGUUGCAAACAAUCCAGUUGCACUCUUAAUUUUU